CCCGCCCUCCUCCCCUAGCUACACCACUACUGCUGACCUACAGUACAUCUCCUCAGAAUCCACUGACCAGGAAGUAGAUUGAGAGACCGCCAUGCUGGUUAAAUGCUUUGACCACAGAAGGCUGUCCCAACACGCCAAAGCUUUAUCAGGUUUCCUGAUUGAAACAGUAACUGGAAUCUAAAAAGGAGAAGUACCCACAUAGCACUGCUCUGUUACUGAAUGCAGAUUUUCAACUUGAACAGAACAAUGAUUGGGCGAUGGGCUUUCCUGCUUUUUCUUCUGAUUUUAGAUUCUUAUUGUGUAACUGGGCAGAAACCAUUUACAUUAAAGGAAGGAGAAUCAGUGACGAUAUUCUAUCCUUUGGACCGUUUGUUUUAUAAUCAAGUGAUGUUCUGUUGUAAAGUUAUCAAUCCUGCUGGAGACUGUGCCAACAUUGCUAUUUCACAUGGUUUUGUGCAUGAGGCAUACCGUGGAAGAGUAUCAAUCACACAACAUUUGGGAAGAAUGUAUGUAACAAUCCAUAACUUCAAUAGGCAAGAUGCUGGAAUUUACAGAUGUGGUGUGAACGAGAACGUGUAUUUUUCUGUUGCCCUUUCUUUAUUACCAGCUCCCACUCAGGCAAAGCUCACCUCUCCUAAAACUACAACUACAAGUUCAAGCAGCAUUGCCGAUCACCCGACGUCUGAUUCCAAGACUCAGAGUGCAGACUUUCCAAGCACUGUUGAAAUGAAAUGGAUCAUACCCCUCAGUGCUGUGCUGGGAUUGCUGGCCAUCGUGCUGAUUUCUACUGCAUUCAUUAUUGUAAUAUUUAAGAAACAGAAGCAGAAGACAGUGCCGAGGAGUUCUGAAGAUAUCCCUCCUGUAUGUAAUCAGCCCAGUGUACCCAUUACCUACUCCUCCAUAGCAUUCCACUCAGGACCACCCGAAGACCCCUCAAUGCUCUACGCUAACCUGCGGGGUGUGGAUCAUCCGGAGUUCCAUUCUGGAUCAGUUCCAGUAUCCGCAGAAACAGUGGAAUAUUCCACAGUCGCAAUCAAAUUCAAAUAACCAACCAGAGAGUUUAUUUAUAUGGGCAUGUCUGUGACUACUAGUUUAUUGUUUGCUAGAUUGUAGUCUAUGCGUGCCGCACUCUGUACACAGUCUGUAGUCUAUGCGUGCCGCACUCUGUACACUGUUUGUAGUCUAUGCGUGCCGCACUCUGUACAUAGUCUGUAGUCGAUGCGUGCCACACUCUGUACACAGGGGUUGGGCAAAAACACAAUUUCGAUAUAGGAACGAUGGAUUUCUAAUGGAAGCUGAAUAAAUGACAUGCAUUAUGUGAUAUAUAAAAUCUGCUUCUUCCUCUUGAAAAUUAGGUUCAGCCUGAUAGGCAUGACACACUGAUGGACGGCAGGUGCUUCCAUAUUCAAGACUGCACAUAAUUACACAUGUUUCAUAUAUUCCUAAAUUGCUGAUGCAUUUCUGGCAGCUUUGUUCAUAGGAGAUAUUGACAGUCCAGUCUUAGUUCACCUGAAACCUGUUUUUGGAUCUAGGCUGAUCAGGAAACUAGUGGUGCUCAGUGAUAUUAUCUAACCUAGAAUGUAAAUCAUAUGAACAUGUUAGUAGUUAAUAAAUAACCUCACUCUCCUGACCACAGACCAACUACGUCCAUGUAUGGUUAUAUUGUACAUGGUUCAUUCCCUUCAGCACGGAUGUGGGCUCAGUUCUAAGACAGAACAGAGAUGUAAUUUUUAAAAAAUAGGGUUAGAAAAAAAAGAAACAUUUUUAUAUUUUAUUUUGAUAUCUAAAUGUUUUAUAUUGUAUUGAACAGAAUUUGUCCCAAGUCAGUGGAAAUAAUUGUUAAAGCUUGAAGUCAUGUGCAAUUUUUACAUUUUUAAUAAAAUAUUUGUGUUAAGCAA